CCAAUGACAGGUCGGAGUGGGUGGGAUCAUCUUGAGCACACUUCAGAGGAAAUACACACAAGAUAAACGCAACCAGAGACAAAAUGUUGCACAAAAUUAUUAAUUUGACUGUGAGAGAUGUGAGAUUUCCAACAUCUUUGGAGCAACACGGUUCAGAUGCGAUGCACACCGACCCCGAUUAUUCAGCCGCGUAUGUGACUCUCGACACGGAUCGCGGCCUGAAAGGUUUCGGCCUCACGUUCACUUUGGGAAAAGGCACAGAGAUUGUGGUGUGUGCUGUGGAGGCUCUGGCAGGACUGGUCAUAGGAAAAACUUUGGAGGAGAUUGUGAGCGACUUCCGUGGAUUUUACCGCCUCUUGACCAGUGAUGGCCAGAUGAGAUGGCUCGGCCCGGAGAAAGGAGUGAUCCACCUGGCCACCGCCGCGGUCCUGAACGCUGUGUGGGACCUGUGGGCGAGGGCGGAGGGCAAGCCGCUGUGGAAGCUUCUCGCUGACAUGGAUCCGAAGAAGAUCGUUUCAUGCAUUGACUUCAGAUACAUCACCGAUGUGCUAACAGAGCAGGAAGCUCUGGACAUACUCGUGAAAGCACAGAAGGGCAAGCAGCAGAGAGAGGAUCAGAUGCUGAAAGAGGGUUAUCCUGCUUACACCACCUCCUGCGCUUGGCUUGGAUACCCAGACCAGCAGCUCAAACAGCUCUGCACAGAUGCACUCAAAAGCGGUUGGACCAGGUUUAAGGUGAAGGUUGGCGCUGAUCUAGAGGACGACAUACGCAGGUGUCGUCUCAUAAGGCAAAUGAUCGGACCCAGUAACACUCUGAUGAUUGAUGCCAACCAGAGAUGGGAUGUAGCCGAGGCUAUCAGCUGGGUGUCCAGUCUGGCGGAGUUCAAACCUCUUUGGAUCGAGGAACCCACGUCUCCAGAUGACAUCCUGGGUCACGCGGCUAUUUCCAAGGCUUUGGCUCCUCUCGGGAUCGGGGUGGCAACAGGGGAGCAGUGUCACAACAGGGUGAUGUUUAAGCAAUUUCUCCAGGCCUCGGCCCUGCAGUUUGUCCAAAUAGACAGCUGUCGGCUGGGCAGCGUCAACGAGAACCUUGCUGUGCUGCUGAUGGCCCACAAGUUCCAGGUGCCUGUUUGUCCUCACGCUGGAGGAGUCGGUCUCUGUGAGCUCGUCCAGCAUCUGAUUCUGUUCGACUACAUCUGUGUGUCUGCGGACCUCAGUAACCGAAUGUGUGAAUACGUAGACCACCUCCAUGAACACUUCACUUGUCCUGUGGAGAUUCGUGACGCCCACUACAUGCCCCCAAAGGAUCCGGGAUAUUCUUGUGAGAUGCUGGAAUCGUCAGUGCAGAGACACAGAUACCCCGAAGGAGACGAAUGGAAGCUGUUGCACAUGAAGAAAUGAGGACUUCAUCUUCAACGGUUCAUCUAAACAUGUUCAAUGAGACGGGAUUAAAUUCAGUGAAAAUCCCAUCAUCACAAUAAUAAAUCAAGUCGUAAUUGCAUUAGGAAAACUGCAUUUAACACU